CGAGGCCCAAGAUGGCGGCCACCACACCGAGGCUCCUGCCGGCCGCUCUCCGCUGCUGAGCGCGCGCUAGCUCCGCUCGCUCUCGAGCCUGCGUUCCGCUAGGGGUUGGGAAGGGCGGCGGACGGCGCUGGGGGAGACCGAGCAGGCAGCACCUUUUAGAUACCAUUACUGGACCAGAAGGAUGACAUCGAUCAUCAAACUGACCACCCUGUCCGGGGUCCAGGAGGAGUCUGCCCUUUGCUAUCUCCUCCAGGUGGACGAGUUCAGGUUUCUGUUGGACUGCGGCUGGGAUGAGCACUUCUCCAUGGACAUCAUUGACUCCCUGAGGAAGCACGUUCACCAGAUCGAUGCGGUGCUGCUCUCUCACCCGGACCCGCUCCACCUUGGUGCCCUCCCGUUCGCUGUGGGGAAGCUGGGGCUGAACUGCGCCAUCUAUGCAACAAUCCCUGUUUAUAAAAUGGGGCAGAUGUUCAUGUACGAUCUUUAUCAGUCUCGACACAAUACAGAAGAUUUUACCCUCUUUACAUUAGAUGAUGUGGAUGCAGCCUUUGAUAAAAUACAGCAGCUGAAAUUCUCUCAGAUUGUGAACUUGAAAGGCAAAGGACAUGGUUUAUCUAUCACACCCCUGCCAGCUGGUCACAUGAUAGGAGGAACAAUAUGGAAAAUCGUCAAAGAUGGAGAAGAAGAAAUUGUUUACGCCGUUGACUUCAACCACAAGAGGGAGAUCCACUUGAAUGGAUGUUCCCUGGAAAUGCUAAGCAGACCCUCUCUACUCAUCACAGAUUCAUUUAAUGCUACGUAUGUGCAGCCUAGGAGGAAGCAGAGAGACGAGCAGCUCCUGACAAAUGUCCUGGAAACUCUUCGGGGUGAUGGAAACGUGCUAAUAGCAGUGGACACGGCAGGCAGAGUUCUGGAGCUAGCCCAGCUUCUUGAUCAGAUUUGGAGAACCAAAGACGCAGGUUUGGGUGUUUACUCACUGGCACUCCUGAAUAACGUCAGUUACAACGUGGUGGAGUUUUCUAAGUCACAGGUAGAAUGGAUGAGUGAUAAAUUGAUGAGAUGUUUUGAAGACAAAAGAAAUAACCCAUUUCAAUUUCGCCAUCUUUCUCUGUGCCAUGGUCUUUCUGACUUGGCUCGAGUUCCGAGCCCCAAAGUUGUACUUGCCAGCCAGCCUGACCUGGAGUGUGGAUUCUCAAGGGACCUCUUUAUUCAGUGGUGCCAGGACCCCAAAAACUCAAUCAUUCUCACUUACAGAACAACUCCUGGCACUUUAGCACGCUUUUUAAUUGAUAAUCCUUCUGAGAAAGUCACAGAAAUAGAGCUGAGGAGACGUGUGAAGCUUGAAGGGAAAGAACUUGAGGAGUAUGUGGAGAAAGAGAAACUAAAGAAAGAAGCUGCGAAAAAGCUGGAGCAGUCGAAAGAGGCAGAUAUCGACUCCAGUGAUGAGAGUGACGUGGAGGAAGAUAUCGACCAGCCUUCAGCUCAUAAGACAAAGCAUGACCUGAUGAUGAAAGGGGAAGGCAGCCGCAAAGGAAGCUUCUUCAAACAGGCCAAAAAGUCUUACCCCAUGUUCCCUGCUCCAGAGGAAAGAAUCAAGUGGGAUGAAUAUGGAGAGAUCAUCAAACCAGAAGAUUUCUUAGUGCCAGAACUUCAAGCUACUGAAGAAGAAAAAAGCAAAUUAGAAUCUGGUUUGACAAACGGAGACGAGCCCAUGGAUCAGGACCUGUCUGAUGUCCCCACCAAGUGUGUUUCUGCAACAGAGUCUAUUGAGAUAAAAGCCAGGGUUACGUACAUAGACUAUGAAGGACGCUCCGAUGGAGACUCCAUUAAAAAGAUCAUCAAUCAGAUGAAACCACGGCAGCUGAUCAUUGUCCACGGCCCCCCAGAGGCCAGUCAGGAUCUGGCUGAGUGCUGCCGUGCAUUUGGUGGGAAAGAUAUUAAAGUGUACAUGCCAAAGCUACACGAAACAGUUGAUGCCACAAGUGAAACGCAUAUCUACCAGGUAAGAUUAAAAGACUCACUUGUCAGCUCCCUUCAGUUCUGUAAAGCUAAAGAUGCCGAGUUAGCGUGGAUCGAUGGCAUCUUGGACAUGAGAGUCUCCAAGGUGGACACAGGAGUCAUUUUAGAAGAAGGAGAACUCAAGGACGACGGGGAAGAGUCUGACAUGCAGGUGGAUGCCCCGUCAGACUCUAGUGCCAUAGCCCAGCAGAAGGCCAUGAAGAGUCUGUUUGGAGAUGACGAGAGAGAGUUGGGGGAGGAGAGUGAGAUCAUCCCCACACUGGAGCCGUUGCCCCCUCACGAGGUUCCUGGGCAUCAGUCAGUUUUUAUGAAUGAACCGAGACUGUCUGACUUCAAGCAAGUUCUUUUACGGGAGGGGAUUCAAGCAGAAUUUGUAGGGGGUGUGCUUGUCUGCAACAAUCAAGUAGCAGUCCGCAGAACAGAAACUGGACGCAUCGGGUUAGAAGGCUGCCUUUGUCAAGACUUUUAUAGGAUACGAGACCUUUUAUAUGAACAGUACGCCAUUGUGUAAAGGACAUGAUGUCAAGAAAUGUCUGCUUGACCUUUCUCAGGAAGACAGGAUUCUCAUCUGAGGCUAAGCUUUCACUGUCUUGUUUUGUAACAUAUAAAAAGAAUCUGCCAGAAAACGUGAGCAUGUAUUAGAUUUUGAAAAAUAAGAAUCAAGGGCCUGGGGUG